CUGCGGCUUCCGUCUAGCGUAAGUUUACAUAGGAAAACAAUUGAAAAACAGCACCAUCAGACACAUAACGCGUUCGGUGAACAGCUCACGCGAUGGACUCUGGCCAGGCCUAGUGUUCCGGUAUGUUUACAUAUGUUACCAUAGCAACCGUUCUGCUGCUCCAGCGUGAAUUCUGCCGCAUUUCUGCGAUUAUUUCAAAUCAAAUUAUCCUCUGAGGAAACGAAUCAUGGCCAGCGGAUCGACACAAAAGACAGAGUCCGGAGUUACUCACUAUAGCAAAGAGACACGACAGUUAAUACAAUUGAUGAUGCAGGAGUCUCGGCUGACGGACUUUCAUCAAAGACAGAUCAAAAAUCAGCUGAAAAAAGGGGGCGCUCUUCCACUAAACUUUAAUCUCACCACAAUGGAGCCCUGUGUGCAUUCAGAGCCCAGUGUCACUAGAAUGACCGCACUGAUGGGUCACCCACAGAGGCGCAACACACAAGGAUGCCGUGCUGGAGACAAUUACAAACGAGAACAGUUUCGGCCUAGUGCAACUCGGGAUCUAGAGAAAGAGAAGAGAAGGCUACAGAACCUUCUUGCUACUGGCCAAGAGGAAGCUGGGCCAACUCACUCCCAGAGAGACUCCACAGAGAGAACAGAGCAGCAGACAGACAGGUUCCAAGAGGUUUUGGAUGAGAUUGAGGACAGAAGGCAGUUUUUAGAAGAGAUGAUGGCCAUUGGAAAAGGUCACCAAUACCAGCACAUCAUAAACACAGAAAUUUCUCAGAAAAUCUGUGAACUUGAAAAGAUUGAUAGGAACCGUGGUGAAGAACUGAGGACCCUUAUGAUGAAUGGAAAAGAAGGAAAACACAUCAGAGAUAUUGAGAAAGAGAUGAUGGUAGGGUGAAAAAGAAAAUAUAAAACAAUUACUGUGAUGUUAAAACCAGCGUGUCAGAUAAUAUGUACCCAUGCGAGAUAUGAACAGUGUGAAUAUUAAAACUCAAAAUGGUGUUUUAACUGUUUUUGCUUUUUUAUUAGUUUUAUUUAUCACAUCCUCUGCCCUGAAACGAAUACCUUGUCAGUAAAUACCAUUAAAAUAUCUUGUUAUUGGGUUGUAGCAAUAACAUUUAACAAUCUUUGCAAAUUGUUUUAAUAUUAAAAUAAAUGUGUUUACAUGUUGUCCAGAGAGAGAAAUAUGAGUUGUAUCUGUUUAUUGACUGUUUUACAAACAUCCAUGUCACUCACCAAACCACAAUCCAUAGCAAUAUUAUAAACUCAUUAAUUUCUGCUUGAAUGAUGU